AUGCCAGUCGAAAAGCGAGAGGAGGCCUUGAGAAGACCGCCACUGCGCCUGCCUGUGAUUGCGCCUAAAGAAGACCAGUCUUCCUCGGCUAGUUCCAGCCGCAGUGGCCCUAGUGUCCCUCCACGUUCCCGCCUACCUCCACGUUCAAGAAGCGGCUGCUGGACCUGUCGUCAUCGCAAGGUCAAAUGCGAUGAAACCAGACCCCUCUGCGGUCCAUGUUCUCGUCUGAACCUCAGCUGCGACUUCAACCCCCGCGUCGCGUUUCGAGAUGAUACCUCUCGAGUUCUGGGACGCAAUGCGGAUGUUACCAUCGCCGCAAGUCCGGUAUGGGACCCAAAUUCUCCUGCGCUGACCGAAAACAGCGCUGGAUCUGCCGUGGUGGACGACCUCCCGCCGUUCGCCAGUCUAACUACAGAUGAGGACCGCGAGAAGAAGGCAGGGACUUCGAGCCCUGGAACGUACAACGUUGUGGUGGGUCCACAGAGCUUUCAACACCUCCCAGAAUACAACGACGAGCCCGAAAUCAAACGAGAACUGUUGCCAACUCUCCGCAGAGGCUCCAUCGCAACCUCGCUCGCGAGCAGCCUUGGUCGCGAACCGGGCGUCGAGGCCAUUCCACUCUCGGGAGACCCCAACACUGUUGUGUUACCCAGAUUUCAAGACGUUAAACGGCGCAGUACAUUCAGCUCCAAUCGGGCUCAUUCACCCACAUCCCCCAUAGUCCGACCUGCAAUCAUCAAGAGCGAAGCAAUCAUCAAGAUCGAGGACCAAGAGGAAGCUGUGCUCUCCGAAGAAUCAGACUCAUUGAGCGAGACAGCCGGGGUGGGCCAAGAAGCCCGAUACCUGCGACAGUUUCGCCAGGUGGUUUGGAAACAUUUAGUUCCAGCAGAGCUCGACCAAAGAGAUGGCAUGGUACGGUCAAGUGUCCACAUUCUGGAACACGCCGCGAAUACUUUCCCUCCGUUGCACCAUGCAAUGAUGGCCGUCGCAGCCCUCAGUGUGGCCGUCCAAGAAGGCAAAGAAUGGCUUGACGCGCUUCAAUAUUAUCAGCAAGCUUUGCCUGCAUUACAGUCCACUCUUCGAGGUCCCGACGACUUGUCGUCUGAUGGAGCGUUUCUGACUCACUUCCUUCUACUCGUUUACGAGAUCGCCGCCGCCGAAGCCGAGCACUCGAAUCUAUGGUCGCAGCACCUGUUGACCCUUCUACAAAUUUCGCUUUUACGCCGUGAUGAAUCAGGUCGUGAACUAUUUCCGUUUGUUGUGUGGUGGAUUUGCCACAUCGACCUGGACGCCCUUCUCAGCGGUGCCGGCAGUGGUGGAUACGUCGAGUCCUUGUUGAACAACGAUUUCAUCCCUCCCCCGAGCUUCCACUUGUACCCACUUGGUCACGACGGUUCGAGCGUUCUUUAUGCCGAGGAGGUGGAGGUUCUCCCUACCAUCCUACAACUCGAUUAUGAGGUGAGUAUUCUUGCGAUCCGGAUGGCACUACUGGCACGCGAAUUUCGGAGUGAUAUCACAUUCGACGAUGUGGAUGCUCUCCAGAGAGACCAGGCCGUCCGCAUACGCCAAAGUCAGAUUUUCGAGAUCCAGGAAGCGUUACGUCAGUUGUGGGUGACACCGGCCGUGAUGAUGAUCCAUCAAGAGGUCGAAACGCUCCCGACUCGGCCGAAACAGUUGUACGAACAUGCUGCCACGUUGUAUCGAGCAUGUAUUAUCUACUCACAUACAUCCAUGUGGCCUGGGCAACGACUCGAAACAUCUCCAGACUACGACACGGAAAUUGCAGUAGCUUCCAGUCAGAUCCUGCAAAUGGCCAGCAAGGCACUCGCGGAGGACCGAUCAUACUGUCGAUAUCUCGUAUUCCCUGUGUUUAUGGCCGGCUUCGUCGCGACAGAUGGGGCGCAUCGAAUGCACGCGGUGGACCUGCUGCGCGAGAUGGAGAAAACCAGCAUCGGUCGCAAUACAAUGACAACGCGCAAAGCUCUGGCGGCGGUAUACGAAAAACAAAACGAGCGAUUUAUGAAUACCGGACAGAGUCUUGAUGUGGAUUGGAUGCACGUGAUGGUCCAAGAGGGUCUCCUGGUUGUAAAUUUUGGGCUUUGA